AUGUCAACAACAAUCCGCAAAGCUGUCAUUCACGAAUUCGGCGACGAAUCGAAAAUCAGUAUUGUAACCAGCGCCAUCGAAGAUCCGCCAGCGAACCACGUCCAAGUCCGCGUCCUAUACUCUUGCUUCGGCGGGACAGAUAUCAACAUGCGUCUCGGCCGCUACCCAAUGCAAAAGGCCGCUCCAUUGACACCAGGCUACUGUCUUGUUGGCACGGUCGUCAAGUCUGGUACCGGAUGCGUUUCAAACCUCCGACCAGGCGACUUGGUCUCAGCCCUCACCGUCUACGAUGCAGAAGCCGAGCUGUGCAAUCAACCGGAGAAAUACAUCAUUCGAGUGCCCCAUGGCCAUGAUCCACAGAAGGUCUGCGCGCUCAUGGUGGACUGGAUCACAGCAUAUGGUAUGGUGACUCGUCCUGGCAAGGUUCAUGCCGGCCAGAAGGUCUUCGUUCAUGGCAUGAGCGGCGCAGUCGGCUACGCUACAUCCGUUCUCUGCCAGCUUCGUGGUGCGACCGUAUACGGCACCGCCUCGGAGCGUAAUCACAAAGUACUGGAGGCUUUGGGGUGGAUCCCCUUCGUGUAUACUGACAAGAAGUGGAUGCAAGCCAUGAAGGACAUGGGCGGAGCGGACGUCGUGUUCGACCCGUUAGGUUUUGAGUCCUGGGACGAAUCUUACAGCAUCCUCUCCCACAACGAUGCAUGUCUGGUCGGGUACGGCGGCAACCUGGCGACCCUUCAGAACCAAGCUCCUAGGGGAGUACUGAUGCCAACUCUGAAGUUGUUGUCGCGGAAUUUUAUCUGUCCAGCGGUCCAUCGACAUACCUGUUUCUUCUACUUCACCCGCGAUGACAAAACCUUUGUGCCAGAUGUUGAAGCGCUGUUCGAGCUGCUGGGCCAGGGAAAGAUCGAUGUCAAGAUCAAGAGGGUGUGGGACCUGGGGGAUAUCCAAGAAGCACAUCGGAGCUGGGGCAAAGGGAGUGGGUUCGGGAGUCAGCUGAUCAAUGUAGGUGCGAAGACUUGA